GUCGGCGAAGCACACGGAGUCGAGAUGCCGAGCGCCAGCGCGACGAUCGCAGUGCUGACUUUGUGCCUGGCGGUCGCCCAAGCGGGCACCCUGCCCAGCAAGAGGGACACCGUGGAAGCGACGAGUACCGGGAUCGCGGUCAAGAGGGACUACGAGGGCUACCUGCACAGCGAAACCAAGAGCGAGCAGAGGAAGAACGACUUGCCGUCGGCCUCGAUGCUGGACUUGUACAAGGCCCUGUCGACGUACCAAGCGGGCUCUUGGCCGUCGCUCGGGCUGAAGAUCGCCAAAGUCGCGCUGCACUUCGCGGUCGCGCUGCUCGUCGGGAUCGGCUUCAUGACCACCCUGUGCAACUUCACGCCGCUAUGCAGCAUCAGCUUCAACGCCAGCAACGCCUCGCUACUGCCCGACAAGAAGCAUUUGCCAGCGCUCUACGACGCACUCGAAGCGGUAUCCAAGAUCCCGAGCCUCUUCGACAAGCAACAGCCGUCUGCGCCAGCUGAGCUCCCGGAGCAGCCGGCGAAAGCAGAAUCCGCGCCCGAAGAGGCGGCCCCGAAACUACAGCUUGACCCGCGCAACUCGCUGAAAAAGCUGGACGCCGAAAGCCGAACUGCCAAGACUCCCGAGCCGAACGCUAAGGAAAACGAAACUUAAAGCGAUGGGAUUCCGUCUCCGAUUGCACUUACUUCAAUGUACAUUUUGUUAUUUAUUUUGUGAAAAGAAAUCAA